AUGCUGGAGCCCCCUCUGCUGGUGCUUGAGGUAGUGCUCGACAUCGGCCAGCGACGGAUCAUUGCGGGGUUUGCCGGUGAUCUGUACCCGCUUACGGUCCCCUACCGACCACAGUUAUUAGCGAGAGUGGCCGAUUCCUCACUGGGCCUAGCAUUACUUGGUCUUGAUGAUGCCGCCUUAACCUGCGACGAACGGGCGCAAAUCGUCGACAACUUGCUUCCAGAAAAUCAACAGAUACUCAAGAAGUACCAACUGGACGUGGGAGUCCAUUGGCUUGCUGAAAAUGACCGAGAACAAUUGCUCCAGUGGCUCACCCAAGUGUUUUGUUAUGAGGUCAUGGUGACGCCUCGCCAUUGUCGAGUGAUCUUACUUGAUUCAGGGUUUUCCAUGCCAAUGAAGACGAUGAUUGUUUCUAUAUUGCUCAAUUCCAUUGGCGUCAAAGCUGUGGAGUGGCUUCCCUCUCCAGUAAUGACAGCAGUGGCUCUGGGAGUGACGGAGGCGAUUGUGUUGAACUUUGGCUGGCACCACGUGUCUUUGACAGUGGUAAGUGACUUGAGAGACGUGACGCCGCUAUUGAUAAAUAGAGGUGAGGCCCGGAUUUCUCCUAGUUUGACUCGACUUGCACUUCACUACCAUGUGUGGCAAUCUCACCCAGAUGAAUCCUUUGACGCUAUUGAACGCAUGAUAACAGCUGGUGAGGUAGACAAUACAUGGGAUUUUAGCUCGGUCAGUGAUAUUAUAACGCAGACGGUGGCUAAGCUUGCCAUCGAUACUCGACCACAAGUGUUGGCCAAUGUGAUGGUAAUGGGGGAGAUGGUCGAAGUGCCCGGGUUUGUGGCUGCUCUUUCUGAUUAUAUCACACCUAGGGUUCCAGGAUUGACUCCUCGAGGAACAUUGGGGCUGUGGCGUGGGGCAUCACUUUACGUGUCUAACGUGCUCUCUCGGUACCCGCGACCAAUGGCGAUUACCAAGGAAACUUAUGCUCGUUGGGCUGCCACUGGCUAA